CCUCCGUUUCUUUACUCCGAGCAGUCGAACUAUGGACAGCAAGAAGUUUGAGUUCAUCGACUCGCCAAAAGACAGACGAUGGUCACGUCCCAAUCCGCCAUUGAAUUCUCUUCAACUCAACAGAUGAUCUAUAUCAAUAAUUUUCCCACCAAAAGGUGGAGGUUUAGAUUGCAUUUUUUCAGUCUUGGUGUGCCUUAUUUAAGGAGGAGGUUUUAUCAAAUUUUGUGUGGAUUGUAGAGAGAAUGGGUGGCAGCAGUUCGAAAGGGACCAUUCGAAGACAAUUUUCAUCAUUUGGUUCGUCUUCGUUCAAUUUUCAUGGAUACCCAGAAUCGCCACACCCUGAACAGGAGCCAUACUAUACACCUCAGCAUCACCACGCACCUGCCCCUGCCCCUUAUAAUCAUGGGGCUCAAACUCCUCAGCCACAACGGAAGUUGGAUAGGAAAUAUUCAAUGAUAGCUGAUAACUACCAAACAUUGGAACAGGUUACUGCUGCUCUUGUUGAAGCUGGCCUAGAAUCUUCUAAUCUCAUUGUUGGCAUUGAUUUCACAAAGAGCAAUGAGUGGACAGGUGCAAGGUCAUUCAACCGGCGGAGCUUACAUCACAUUGAAAAUGGUCAAAAUCCCUACGAACAAGCAAUAUCCAUCAUUGGAAAAACCUUAGCUGUUUUUGAUGAGGAUAACUUAAUUCCUUGUUUUGGGUUUGGAGAUGCCAAAACUCAUGAUCAAGAUGUCUUCAGUUUCUACCCAGAGGGAAGAUUUUGUAAUGGAUUUGAGGAAGUAUUAGAACGAUACAGGCAAAUUGUUCCCCACCUUCGACUUGCAGGACCUACAUCUUUUGCGCCGAUCAUUGAAAUGGCCAUGACCAUUGUCGAGGAAAGCCGUGGUCAAUACCAUGUUUUGCUGAUAAUUGCUGAUGGGCAGGUGACAAGAAGCGUGGAUACUCAGCUUGGUCAGCUCAGCCCACAGGAGCGCAAGACUGUUGAUGCUAUUGUAAAAGCAAGUGAGUUCCCGUUGUCAAUUAUUGUUGUCGGGGUUGGAGAUGGUCCUUGGGACAUGAUGAGGGAGUUUGAUGAUAAUAUCCCUGCUCGAGCCUUCGAUAAUUUUCAGUUUGUGAAUUUUACUGAGAUCAUGUCAAAGAACACAAAUCCAAUGAGAAAGCAGACAGAAUUUGCACUCUCUGCCUUGAUGGAAAUACCUUCUCAAUACAAAGCAACUAUGAUGCUCAAUACAUUGGGUCGUCAGACCAGUAAUGCUCCAGGAAGGGUUCCUCUUCCCCCGCCUCUUUACAACGCCCCUUCUUUCAACAAUAGCUCAAAACCUCAUCAUUCGAGCAGUUUCCAGAAGAGUGCACCUACUUAUCCUGGAUACGACACAUCAAAAAGCACAGCUCCUACUUAUCCUGGAUACGACACAUCAAAAAGCACAGCUCCUCCUUAUCCUGGAUACGACACAUCAACAAGCACAGCUCCAUCUUCAAGUUCUCUUUAUGAUAAUCAGGUUUGCCCUAUUUGUCUUAGUAAUCCAAAGGACAUGGCUUUUGGUUGUGGGCAUCAGACUUGCUGUGAAUGUGGAGACGGACUUGAAUCAUGUCCCAUUUGUCGGACUAAAAUCAAAACCCGGAUAAAGCUCUAUUAAUACGAGUUUCUGCAUAUCUAGAGAUUUCUUGCUGCUCUUGACUUUAGAUUGUUUGGUUCAGCUGAUGCUGCAUCAGAUGACAUGAUCCGGGGGAAGAAAUGGUCAACCACGAAAAUUGUAGUUUUUAUACAUUCAUCAUUUUUGUUAAAUUUUUUUAGAAGGAAAAAGAAAAAGAAUCAAACUAUAAUUAAUCUGUUUUUGUGAUGUACAGUAUUGGGUUGUGUCUUGUACAUUGUUUUUUGGCCUCGGACAACACACCAGUUUUGAAAUAGUAAUCUAUGCUUGAAUGUAUUUUGAAGACAGCUGAUGUUAAAUAUUUUUAGACCUACAAAUGUAGAUGAGCAAUCUUUGUGUUUUUUGCGAGAAUCUUAAAAUAAACAGGCUCGGAGCCAAUAUUCCAAAGGAUUUGGUAAA